GGGUUAACAGCUUUUUGACAGCAGCAGCAGCAGGUUGUGUAAGGAAGGACGCACGUGAGCACAUCAGUCUCUAUCCAUCAUACAACUUUUAUCGAGUGGAAAUGUCGAGUCUGUCAGCAGCGAGUGUGGAGGCUUCACCUGCAGCGAUAGAGGGAGCAGAGCAGAAAAAGCCACUCAAACCCUGCUGUGCCUGUCCCGAGACCAAGAAAGAAAGAGAUGCCUGCAUCAUUGAAAAGGGGGAGGAAAGCUGCACACACCUCAUCGAGGCACACAAGGAAUGCAUGAGAGCGCUUGGUUUUAACAUAUAACACCACUAUCAUCAUCAUCAUGAGUGAAUGUGUGUGACUGCUUGCGUGGAACGGGACCCGGUGUGCUCUAUUUAUACUUUUUACACUUCAGGGAAGAUUAUAUGAAGCUGAAUUUUUUCUUCUGAGGGAUAUGUGUGUGUUUUCUUUUUCUUGCUUUCACGUGUGAUUUAUGUAUGUUUAUGGUCAAUAAAGAUCCUAUGCAAGAUGUCAA